ACGCGGAGACGGUCGUUGCGCGCGCUCCGAUUCCCAGGAAAACCUUUUUUUUUUUAACUAUUGAAAGAAGCAGAUGAUCCGCCGAAGGGACACCGAGUGACUCGCGUCAGACAUCUCGAAAUUAUCAUUUAACAUUAAAAAAAAAAAAAAAAUCUAGCGUGACCGACCAAAGAUGCUCACUGAUAUUAUAGAAGGAGAGUUUGAUAUUAAAGAGGAAGAGCCAUGGUACGACCAUCAAGAUCUGGAGCACGAUCUUCAUUUGGCCGCCGAAUUGGGUAAAAAUUUACUGCAGCAGAACAGAGACUUGGAAGAGACUCUCCAACAGAUGUGCAUCACCAACCAGGAGCAGACACAGGAGAUAGAGUAUCUCUCUAAGCAGGUGGAUACGCUGAGGUCGAUGAACGAUCAGCACGCUAAGCUCCACGAGCAGCUGGAUUCAGGAGCUCAAGACCUGGAGCGGAAAAACCAAAGACUGGUGCUGGAGAACCGAGCGGCUCAGACGAAGAUCGAAGGGCUCACGGAGACGGCGGAAGGCCUGCAGGCUCAGGUGGACGAGCUCCAGAGGGACGUGAGGAAGAUGAGGCUGGUUUCGGCCGAGCGGAGCCGGUCCGGCGAUCUGGGGCUCGCGUGCUGCGAGGAGAACCGUCAGUCACACAAGCACUUUUCCCAUGAGUGCUCUGUUUCCAGCAGCCGCUCGUCACCGAAGCGCGAGGAACGAGACGAGCACCGGGAGCUGAAGCGCUCGGUGCAUUCCCUGCAGACGCAGCUGAGCGCAGAGCGCGCUCGGAGAGAGACGGCCGAGCUGGAAGCGGACGCUCUGGCUCGUGAACUCGGCCGGCUGGAGCCCAGAGCGGCGCUGCUCGGAGUCUACGAGGAGCGCCUGGCCCAGAAGGAGGCCGAGGUCCAGGAGCUCCGCCUGCUCCUGCGCUCGAGCCAAGGUGACGCGUUCCUCCCGUCGGACGACGAAGCGGGCGGGGACGGAGGCUGGGGGCGGGGCCUCGGCGGGAGGCGGUCGCUUAGCGACGAGCGGUUGCCUAGCGACGAGCGGCAUCGCGGCGUCUCUCUGCUGCACGAGGUGGAUGCUCAGUACACCGCCCUGCAGGAGAAAUACGACACGCUGCUGCGCCGCUGCCAGGGGGAGACGUCCGAGAGAGAAACGGGCCGAACGCAAACACCGGGCGAGAACACGCAGCCCGAGUACAAGGCCCUGUUUCAGGAGAUCUUCACCUUUAUCCACAAGAGCAAAGAGGACCUGAAGGAGAACAGGAACAAGGUUGAGUGAGCCAAUAGGGUUCAAGAGAACCAACGAGCAUACAGCGCUUUCGGAAAGUGCACCUAAAGCUAAAUUAUUCUGACAGAACUAGCAUUGAGAGCCUAAAGGUUAACAUCAGGUACUGGAGAGUGUAUAUAAAGCGCUUUUGUAAAUAUUUCUAAAUGUGACCGUCAAAAAAGGCCGUAAACUUAAAUGUACUGUAACUGAUUUCUGAAGCAAACGUUAAAUCUUUGUGUAUUUAUAGUGAGGUGAAUCUCACAAGAACAUUACCGGGUUAUACUGCACUACAUAAUCAGCAGAGAAAUAUUAGCGUAAAUCAAUAAUAAUCAAUGUAAGCGUUGUGUGUGAAAAUACUGUAUAUUAAACUAUUUUAAUAAACAUCGAAUGGCGAUCUGAGAA